GGAGGGCAUGCCUCCUAAGCUGGGGAGAGAGAGAGAGUCAGCACAGCAGCAGAGUAAUGAAGCAAGAUCUGGCUAGCGGAGGCACAGAGCCCUAGGUUAAUACCAGACACCUUGAGGAAGGAAGCCCGCGAACAAACACGCAAUCGCGCAACACCCCAAAUUUCCUCCCUCACGCUCCCCGCUUUUUUCAGAAUUCACUGUGUUCUCCUCUGCGCUCCUCCGCUCUUGCACGAUUAUUUCUAAGGUUGGGGGUUAUUUUGGCAUGGGUGCCUGAAGUUUCCUCCGUGACUGCCUUCGCCUGCAAGAAAGAGUUAUAAAGGAGGAGGCUCUCCCUCUUUUCUCUCCGCCUUUCCCGGUUCUCUUCCUUUACACGACAUUCCCAGGUUGCCUUAAACUUGAUCAGAUCAGCGUGAUCAGGAGGAGGAGGAGGAGGAGGAGGGAAGGGGGUCUAUACCACUUGUUCGUGUCUUCUGGCUGCAACAGGAACGAGGAGGCCACGAGGGCGAAAAGAGCAGCCGCCGGAGUAAAGGCAAGAUCUUGCAGUUUCCUCCAUGAAAUCUGGAUGAGUCACAGCUGGCUGGCAGAAAUCAAGUGCUGUGAAGCAGUAGAUGUAAUUGGGAAGCAACUCUGAAGGCACAAAUGGCUUUAGCCGGCUGCCCAGACUCCUUUUUGCAUCAUCCUUACCGGAUAGUCAUUUCCCAGGGAUGGCAUUUCCAUGAGGACAGUGUAGAUCAGACAACACACACUCGGCGGGAUCUGGUGGAACCUGGAUUCCAAGAACAAUCAAGUCGCAUCUCAUUAAGUCACCAAGAUGAUGAUGUGGACUUGGAAGCUUUAGUGAAUGAUAUGAACUCCUCAUUUGAAAGUCUUUACUCCACCUACAAUAUGCAUUCGGAAAGCACACCACUCCUUCAGAAUGGCCAGCUUGAUCGCAGUCAGCUGCCAGCCUCAGGAACAAAUUCACUUCACCCUGUGUCUCCUAGACAAAAAGUACAGAGGUCUCAGCCAGUACGCAUCAUGGCAGUCAGACGCCUACAAGAAGAGGAGCAACAGUUCAGAACUUCCUCUUUGCCUGCCAUACCAAAUCCGUUUCCUGAGCUUUGCAGCCCCACAAGCUCACCUGUGCUGGCACCUGGAUCUCUACCUCAGAGUCAACCUGCAAAUAAACAGGAUGUUAAAGUCUUUAGUGAAGAUGGGACAUGCAAAGUGGUCGAGAUCCUAGCAGAUAUGACAGCCAGGGACCUCUGCCAGCUUCUCGUUUACAAAAGUCAUUGUGUGGAUGACAACAGCUGGACUCUAGUGGAGCAUCACCCUCUUCUAGGAUUAGAGAGGUGUUUGGAAGAUCAUGAACUUGUUGUUCAAGUUGAGUCUACGAUGGGAAGUGAAAGUAAAUUUUUGUUCAGGAAGAAUUAUGCAAAAUAUGAAUUUUUUAAAAAUCCUGUGAAUUUUUUUCCAGAGCAGAUGGUUGCUUGGUGUCAGCAGUCAAACGGCUGCAUCCCACAGUCACAGCUUUUACAGAAUUUUUUGAACUCAAGUAGCUGUCCUGAAAUUCAAGGGUUCUUGCAUGUGAAAGAACUGGGGAGGAAGUCGUGGAAGAAGCUGUAUGCUUGUCUGAGAAGAUCUGGACUUUAUUGCUCUACAAAAGGAUCUUCAAAGAAAGGAAUUUGCAGCUUUCCAAAAAACCUACAGAGCACAGGCCAAACAAUGGAACCCAUUCCACAACAGACAUUGCCCUGCUCCUUGUUAUCAGCUGAGGAACCAAGGCACCUGCAGUUAUUAGCUGACCUUGAAGACAGUAAUAUCUUUUCAUUGAUGGCAGGCAAGAAAUUGUACAAUGCUCCUACAGAUUAUGGCUUUUGUAUAAAGCCCAACAGAGUGAGAAAUGAAACUAAAGAAUUAAGAUUGCUGUGUGCUGAGGAUGAGCAGAGCAGGAUGUGCUGGAUGACUGCCUUUAGACUCCUCAAGUACGGGAUGUUGCUGUACCAGAACUACCGAAUUCCACAACAGAGGAAAGCUCUGCUUCCACACUUUACCACUCCUGUAAGAAGUGUGUCUGAAAAUUCCUUAGUAGCAAUGGAUUUUUCAGGACAAAUAGGAAGAGUUAUUGAAAAUCCAGCAGAAGCACAGAGUGCAGCCUUGGAAGAAGGGCAUGCUUGGAGGAAACGCAGCACAAGAAUGAAUAUCCUAGGCAGCCAAAGUCCACUACACCCAUCCUCACUAAGCACAGUUAUCCAUAGGACACAGCACUGGUUUCAUGGCAGGAUCUCAAGAGAAGAAUCACACAGGAUUAUUAAACAGCAGGGUCUUGUGGAUGGACUCUUUCUUCUCCGGGACAGCCAGAGUAAUCCAAAGGCAUUUGUGCUUACACUGUGUCACCAUCAAAAGAUUAAACAUUUUCAAAUUCUGCCGUGUGAAGAUGAUGGACAGAUGUUUUUCAGCCUGGAUGAUGGGAGCACCAAAUUCACUGAUCUAAUACAGCUUGUUGAGUUCUACCAACUAAACAAGGGAGUGUUGCCCUCUAAACUCAAACACCACUGCAUCCGUGUGGCCUUAUGACCUCCAUUCUGAUCUGUGCGGAAGACUGGCUUUGCUCGAAGACUGGAGUUUCUAGAGAAAUAUUGUAAAAGAAAGUUGACACUAGGAAAAUGGCAGACUUGUAGGUUGGUGGGUUUUUUGUUUUUUGUUUUGUUUUUUUAAAACACAACAUUUUAUUUUGUUUUUUAAACACAAGCGUUAUGCACCUUGGGGACUCGGAAAGGGAUGGAUUGAGCUGGUGCCAACAGACCAAGAUUUUGCUGGUUUGUGUAACACCUAAGCGCAGUUGUUGCUGAGUGUCCCAGCAACCCCCCAAAAUCGGGAAAGGGUACAUAAAAUUAGUAGACAAAUUUGGAACAAAACUGGAAACUGUCCCUUGGCUGGUCCACUUAGCUGAACCAAGUUUGUGAAGCGAAAUGAUUGAAAAGAACUCUUGCCCUGGAAUAAUCUUGACAAUUAAGACUUAGUGUGUUUACUUUUUUGUAUUGAUCUCUCUGUUUUGUUUUUUGUUUUUGCACUCCUGUUUUUGGAUAUUGCAUACAGCCUAUAUUAGGAGCUGAUACAGCUUUUACAUUUAUGCAGGAUUUGGGUGUUUAUUUCAACCCUGUAGUGCAUGAAUUGCUUCAGCCUAAGAAGGAUCUAGAAGACAAAAAUGUGUGAAUUAUCUGGAGACCAGAGGCUCUGUCAUGUUCUGACAUUCUUGAAGAAACAUAAUAUGGAUACAACUCUGAAAAAACCACACAUACUCUCUAGUGUUGACUUUUUGACAUAAAAGGCCGUAGCUUGUGUGCAGUAUAUUAGUGAGAUACCCAGUCAUGCAAAAGACUUGGAUUCUAUGCACAAAUGUCUUCAAUCGGUUUUAUUCUGGAUGUAUGUUUAUUUCUCUAUUUUUCUCCCCAAGUUUGUUAAUCUUCCACUCUGCUCCCCACCCCGAUAAAAUCCACUGUCAGUAGGCAGAGCAGGGCUGAGUGACAUAUAUGUAUUUGUACCAAGUGGUUUCAGAGUUUUGUGUGAGUCAGGUGAAGGGGUGGUCAGUGGUUUCAUCUACCUAAUAUGACACAAAUUCAGUGUUUACUUUAACACAAUUUUAUUUGAAUCUUCAGACUCUUUAUCACAAAGCCACAGUGCAGAUGUCCAAUCCCAUAACCAUGGUUAGGAGCUUGGGAGUGCUUUUUAUGUUCUUGUGCUCCUUGGCCCCACCCCAGGGAUUUCUGUGACCACCAAUAGCACCAAACGAUAGUUUGGCACCGAACCACACAUGCAACCAGGAUUAGAAGGUUGUGUGCAAUGCGCUUAAUAAAAUUUGCAGUGGGGAUGCAACACUAAGUGUAAUUGACUGUGAAACUGAAAGGGAGGGGGAAAUUCUCUUGAAGUACUCUCUUAGCUGUGGCUAAGAGAUCAGAUAGUAUUCCAUCUGCAAGACUGAGAGUAGUGUUUGUGGUCGUGAUAUCAAUGAAACAAUGACUCCAACCAAGUUAAUUUGGGAAAUAACAUCUACAAUUGAACUGUAUCCUCCUUGUAUUCUGAAGGAUUGCCAAAGCUUACAGUGUGAGCCUGUACAAAACUGUAGGCACAGUCAAUAAAGCACUGCCAUGCAGCCUCCAUCCAUUCAAUCUGGCUGCAAAGGAAUUUGAAGGAAGUGCCACCGGAAUAAUUUGAUGAUGAUGAUGUGCUUGAUGGCUUGCAACAUUUAUUUGGAAUUUAGAUGUUCAGCCAUCCUUGCCAUGGUUGGAUUUACCAUUGGCAAUUAAUCCUUGGGUAUAAUAUGCAUUUAAAUAUUUGUGCCAGUAUCUGUUUAUCUUGCUUCAAUUCUGGUUCACCAUCUGACUAUAAAGUCUGGUUUAGGCACUUUUAAAUCUUUCCAUGUGGAACAUCCCUGUGGAUACAGCUGUUUGGAACCAACUUUGACCCACAUUGAUAGGUAAGUUUAAAAACAAAAAAUGGGAAAGUGGAAUCUGUCAGUAUAGUCAUGCUGGGUCAAAUAAUACUUGCUCCAUACCGCUGUGUCAGCGGGGGCAGUUUUACAACAUUUGAACCAAAACAAUCUCAUAUUAUCAAUUAUUCCAUGUUUACACAGUAAGGGCUUCCUCCUUCUGGUGAUAGCUAGCAUUAAGGUAAGGUCAAUGUUACUUUGGUCUCCCGUUGGACUGCCAUACUGCUCAUGACUCUUGGAUUUGGGGGAUGGUUGAGUACAUACAGGAAGUACUUCAUACAGUACUUAACACGAUUUAUAAAGCAAGAAGUAUAUUCACCCUAGGAUUAUUUAAGAUUACUGUUGCAAGUUGGGUAUCUUCUGUCUUUGGAGAUCUCAUGAAACCAUUUUAUACAGAUCAGAUUAUACUGAUUAUCUCAUUUAACAACUAGUCUAUCCAAAUGGCUGAAGUUGGAAACACAGUUCUUUAUUCAUAAGGUUAUUCAUAUAGUGUUGAAAGUAGUUUAAGAUAAUGUAACCAGUGAAACAUACAUAUCAGCUGAAUUUAUCAAUGGUAUAGAAACACUGUAUUUUAGUUUACAGGAUACAUUUUAAUAGUCUCCCCCCCCCCCCCCCGAACUGUUGACAUAUACAAUGAAGAAACUUGAUUUAGUUUUUACUAGGAAUUCCUUGGUUUUAAGUGUACAUAUUAAAUUUAAGUGUGUUUGUCAAUAUUUUUUAAAACAUCAGAUUAGGCAAAUGUGUCUCUGACUUCACGCUGCAUGUUUCUGUUUAUUCCUUCCUAGAUUUAAAUAAGUCUUUCGUUAAUUUAACAUUCUUAUUCUCCAGUUUCAGUUAAGACCAUUUAGACUUAAAAAAAUUAAGAUCCAGUGUUUACGUAGCUUAGUUCCAAUAAUGCAUUUCCCCAGCAAAAUUAAAUAAAUCAUUUUGCAUUGUUCCAUAUUUAUAAAAUUUGCAUUUUUAUUUAAACUGAGAAUAAAAGUUUUGACUAUGAAUUAUGAUUUUGUAUGUAGGUGGACGACUAUUUUGUACACCCAUUCCCAACUUUAAGAUGAGCUGUUUUAUGAAAACAAGCCCACAUCAAAGUGGUAGCUAUGUUACUUGAGCACAUUAUUAUUGCUUUUUCCUUUUUUGCUGGAAAUACAAUCAAAUUCAUCCCCAUCUGAAAUAUUUCCAACAGAUACAGCUGGCUGGCAGCUUAGAAUCCAAGGACUGAAGGAUAUUUGACUUUUUAUUUUAUCUUCUUUUGGUAUUUAAAUGACAUGAAUGUAAUGAGGGAUGCUCAGGGUUGUUUCUGGAGCCUGUUGAAUUUUUAUCUUUUUUUCCCCCCUUGCCUGUGAUUUUUUUCCCUAAAUAUAAAUACUUCAUGUAGCAAUCUUGGAAUAUGUUGAGAAGGAAAAUGCCAAACCAUUUUGGUUAAAUAAAUAAAAGUUAGUACAUAUUACAGUAGGUGUUUUUUAAAAGUACAACUUUUUAUUUUUAUUUUUUUGAAUUAAUCUUGAAGAAACAUGUGCCUCAGUUUUUAGAUGUUUUGUCUUGUCUUUUCUGCACUAAGUACCUGACCAUUUUGACCAAUCAAUGCACCUUUCCAGUGGCAAGACUUGCUUAUCGUAAAUUAUAUUGUCACAAUGCAAGACUUUUAGUGACUGUAAAAUGGAAUAAAAGUUAAGUUUUCAGGGAAUGCAAAAGGUAUUAACUUAAGAGACAAAACCUCUUAUUCAAUAUGUGUUGCUUCAUACUGUAAAUAGCUUUUUGGGGGCUAGUAAACCUAAUUGUAAUCUUUCAGGUAUUUUUGUACAAAUGAGGGACUGAUUCUGUUUCUUGUAAUUAGAAAUAAACAUUAAUACAAUUGUAUUCAUUUUA